UUUUUUUCCCCUGACCCAUCUUUGGCUUCUGUGAAGAAAGGAGAGAAAACCCCUGUUAGAUUAAACCUGAUUUUAGACUUUGAAAUUGUUAAAAUUCAAACAACACAUAAAACAAAAAGAAAGAGUCUAAGAAGCCCGAGACAAAUGAUUAAAGUAGCAAAUACGUAAUAGUAUAACCCCAUUACCCUUUGCAACACCUUUUCAAGCACUUAAUUCAAUAUUCUAUGUUCAAAUUCCUGCAGAUCCAACCUAUACAUUUGAUUCCCACAUCUUCCCAGCUUGUUCAUCAGAGAGAGAGAGAGAGAGAGAUGUCUGGGGAUGCAAAAAGGAGGGUCUUCCUUGGCUUCUCUACUCCAAUGAAAUAAACCACGAGGUAAAGUGAAUGAGCUAGAACUCGUGUUCUUUUACCUUUUGGAUAAUAAGUUUAUUUUCUUAUAAUCCAUGACACUCUUGCUUCUGUUCUAAUAACGACAGAUCAAUAAAACCAUAACCUCCUCCUUUUCCAAUAGAUUUGUGCCUUCGCUUUCGAUUUUAUGCUGUUUUUGCACCCUGGUUCUGAUCCAGUCCUGAGCAGAUAUAAAGGGUGUCUGGUAUCUUUUUGACUUAGGGGAGGCCCACAAAUGGAAGAAGGUGAUAUAUUCAAUCACAUGUAAGACUUCCUCCCGUUCAGAAAGUCUCAGUACUGUUACAUUCAUUCAUCUCCUGAAAGUCUUUUCAGUCACAGCCACGCACUCGAUUUCCUUUGUCAUUUUCCCUUUCAUUAGAGCAAAGUAUCCCAUGAGAAAGUUCAGUCUUUCUAUCCCCAUUAGAAAUGGAUGUUGUGAAUUUUGACAGCUAUUGAUCUGAAAAAAAUGAGUUCUUUACAUACAUUCUCGUAGCACCUAAAUCUCUUCUUGAUUUUCUUGAAAAAUACUCAUCUUUGUGAAAAUGGAAGAAGCAGCACCAAUCCCUUUUGAUACCAAGCCCCUCCUCACCAUCAAGACAGCUAGUUCCUGCCAAAAACCCAGCAAGGAAAAUCAAACAAACAUGGUUUCUGCAAAUUCAGGUUCACAAUCCCCAUAUUUAACAACAAAUUCGUCCCAAUACAACUCUCCUUCUCUCAUAUCUCCUCCAUCAUCAGCAUUUGUUUCAGCUCUACAAUCACCUUACAUAUCUCCUAGAGCCACCAAUAUAGUCCCAAACCCAUGUCAAGAAACCCCACAAGCCCCAACUCCUCCACUCACCCACCCUCCUUCACCUCCAGCAUCCUACUGCGGCUCCCUAUCCGACGACAUCCCGAGCUCUUCCUACACUCCCCCGCCCGAGCUAUACGAUUUUUCAGAUGAUCCAACCAGUCAGAAGCUCAAAAUAGUAACCUGUGUCCCAAUCCCAGGCCCUGAUACCGCCCCUCGUAUCUCCUUUUCGUUUCCUGUCCCCCGGAUUUCCUUUGCAAAAAGCACUGUUUCCCCUGCUUCCAAUACCAAACUCAGGAGCUGUGAUGUGUACAUAGGGUUCCAUGGCCAAAACCCCAAUUUGGUCCGCUUCUGUAAGUGGCUCAAAUCAGAGCUAGAACUCCAAGGAAUCGCUUGCUUUGUUGCGGAUAGAGCGAAGUAUUCAGAGACUCAAAGCCACGAAAUCGCUGACCGCGUUAUUUGCUCAGUGACAUUUGGUGUUGUGGUUGUCACUAGUUACAGCCUUCUGAACCGUCUGAGUUUGGAGGAGGUCAGAUUCUUUGCCCAAAAGAAGAACUUAAUCCCUCUGCUUUUCGACACAGACCUUAGUGAGAUCACGGGUCUAAACAGGAAUUCGGAUGAUAAAGAAUGCAAGGAAGCAGUUGACGGACUAAUGAAGUGUCAUGAAUUUAAGCUUGAAGCAAAUGAGGGUAACUGGAGAAGCUGUGUAUCGAAAGCUGCCGGAAUCUUAACAUCAAAGCUUGGGAGGAGGAGUGUUGCUGACAAGGAGGUUGAAGGAUUUGAGGAGUUGCCAUUUUCCAGAAACAGACAUUUUGUGGGGAGGGAGAAAGAGAUGAUGGAGAUAGAAACCGCAUUCUUUGGGUGUGGGGACUAUUUAGACCAAGAAUGUUGUGUGCCAAUCAAUAAAGGAGGAACACCGGGGCAAUCAGAUGGGUUAGCAGACGAGGAUCGCGAAGUGGAUGCAACUAGAGGGGGAAGAUUUAUAAAUUUGGAGAUGGGCAAGUGUAAAGAACCAAAGUUAGAGGCUUGGGUCGAACCAGUGAUAGCAAGAAGUUCAACAAAGAGGACUAAGGUCAAGAAGUCGAAAAGUGGGAAAUACAAGAGCUUUGGCAGCAGUGUUGUGUGCAUAAGUGGAGGCGCGGGUGUUGGGAAGACGGAGCUUGCAUUGGAGUUUGCUUCCAAGAAUGCUCAGAGGUAUAAGAUGGUUUUGUGGGUGGGAGGCGAAGCUAGGUUCUUCAGGCAGAAUAUAUUAAACCUUUCGAUGAAUUUAGGGUUGGAUGUAAGUGCUGAUGCGGAGAAGGAAAGAGGGAGAAUCCGAAGCUUUGAAGAGCAGGAAGCAGAGGCAUUCAAGAGAGUUAAAAGGGAGCUGUUUCGCGACAUGCCUUAUUUACUGAUAAUCGAUAAUCUGGAGACCGAGAAGGAAUGGUGGGAAGGGAAAGAUCUGCAUGAUCUAAUACCAAGAAACACCGGAGGGUCUCAUGUGAUUGUUACAACUAGGCUACCAAGAGUGAUGAACUUUGAUCCGAUUAUGCUCCAGCCGUUGCCCUCACCAGAUGCAAUGGUUUUGAUUAAAGGAAGAAGGAAGAGAGAUUACCCAGCUGAGGAGGUAGAGUUUCUUGCAAAACUUGAUAAGGAAUUGGGAAGGUCAAGUUUUGGGCUGUGGGUGGUUGGUUCAAUACUUUCUGAACUUGCAAUUUCACCAUCCGUUCUCUUCGAGGCUGUAAACCAACUGCCAAUAGAGGAAAGUUCAACUAGCUCUAAUUUGAGCAGUGCUGAUGAACAAUUCUGUCGAUCCAAUCGUUUUCUAAUGAAACUCCUGGCUUUUUGCGACGCCAUUUUGCAGCAAACUGAUGGGAGAAGGAACAAUAUACAAGCCUCAAGAAUGCUCCUCGUGGGGGCUUGGUUUGCACCAGCACCCAUUUCAGCCAGUUUACUAGCAGCAGCAGCUAAGGGUAUACCCGCAACAAGAAACCGAUUCAGCAAGUGGACCAAAUGCCUCAGUCUUGCAUGUUUUUGCUGCUCCGGUUGUUCCUUGGCAAACCAAACACUGAAGAGUGAAGAAGAAUCAGCCCUUCUCUUAGUUAAACUCGGUUUAGCGCGAAGAGCCAACAGGCAGCAGCAACCGGGGUGCUGGAUCCAGUUCCACCCCAUAACUCAAAUAUUUGCUAGAAGAAAAGAUGGUAGUUUACUCGCUACCAAGGCAACGGUUCAAGGCGUAAGGAAAACAGGAAACCCAUGGGUGAAUUCAGACCACCUUUGGGCUUCUGCGUUUCUCGUCUUUGGAUUCAAAUCUGAGCCUCCACUGGUCCAACUCAAGGCCAUUGACAUGGUUCUCUUUAUAAAGAAAACCGCUCUCCCUCUAGCAAUCAGGGCCUUCACGACCUUUUCAAGGUGCAACUCCGCUUUGGAGCUACUAAAGGUAUGCACGAAUGUGCUGGAGGAAGUGGAGAAGUCGUUUGUUUCACAGAUACAGGAUUGGUGCCACGGGUCGCUUUGCUGGAAGAAGAGGCUACAAUCGAACCAGAGGGUGGACGAGUAUGUAUGGCAAGACGUGACCUUGUUGAAAGCCACGUUGCUGGAGACCAGAGCCAAGUUGUUGCUCCGAGGAGGGCAUUUCGACAGCGGGGAAGAGCUGUGCAGGACUUGUAUUAGUAUCAGGACAGUGAUGCUGGGACAUAACCAUGCUCAAACUUUGGCUGCUCAAGAAACAUUAGCAAAGUUAGUCAGGUUGAGAAGUAAGGUAUGAUGAACGAUGAUAAUCUCUUUUGACAACAGCUAGUUCUGUAUCUGAGUAGCUCAAUUUUGUUCAGUCUGUAACCAUUCUAGGCUGUUCCACUAGUUCCAGUUAAAUGAGAAAAAAAAUUCCGCUA